GUGAUGCAGGCGCCGCAGCUGUGGCUGAGAGCCUGAGCAAUCUGCGGCAGCUCACCGUGCUGAGCGUUGCGCUGGUACGCAACGCGCUCGGCGACGAGGGCGGAAAGGCCGUGGCCUCCGCCCUCGCCCGGCUGACGGAGCUCAAGGAGCUCAGGUUGUACCUGUCCGACAAUCAGAUGGGUGAUGCAGGCGCCGCAGCUGUGGCUGAGAGCCUGCGCAAUCUGCAGCAGCUCACGGUGCUCACAGUUGACCUGAACGAGAGCGCGCUUGGCGCUGCCGACGCCACCGCAGUGGUGGAGAGCCUGCGAGAGCUGCCGCUGCUCACGGAACUCCUGGUUGAAAUGCAAGACAACGCGCUCGGCGAGGAGGAGAAGGAAAAGCUCCGGGCCACCUUCGAUGCGCUGCCGGUGCGUCAGAAACGCCUCAGCCUCGGCGCGCUGCUGGUGGCCUUUCUCCCGAGCGCUUCGGAUCUUUCCGCCAAAAAAGCAGAGGUCGCGCUGUGGCUCCAUGCCUGCCGUUGGAAGCGUUGCAGGCGUGAGCUUGAUGGGCUUGGAGGGCGUCGGAUUCCUCUGGUACGCCAAGCGCAUUUCUCCCUGGGCUGCCCUUGGCUUCAUCCUUGGCUUGGGAACCUUCGCCUUGCCGCAGGCGAUCUUUGCAUAGGCCCGGAGCGAGGGGUUUUAGGGUUUAGGGCUUAG